AUGGCAUCGUCCACGGUGGCCGUUCCGUCCGGAGCCACCUCGGUGCCGACGGUGACGAACGGCAGCGGCGUGAGCGGCGGCGGUGGCAGCAGUGACAGCGGCAGCAGCAACGGCGGCAUCGUCGUCGCCGCUGGCACCGAGGAGAUCGACGGCGGCGACAUAUUCGGCGACCGGAGUAACGUCAAUUCCGUCGGCGGCUACAACAACGGCGGCAAUCCCGGCGAUGCCCUGGAGGAGAUGGCGUGCGGCAACGGGGAGGCCAGCAAUCAGGGCUGCGCCCUCUGCAUGAGCAAGCUGUGCUCGCCCCGGGUGCUCUCCUGCCUGCAUGUCUUCUGCGAGGCCUGCCUGGACAAGCUGCUCAUGGACGAGGCCGGGGACUCCAAGGUGGGCUCGGUUAUAAGCUGCCCCGUAUGCCAUCAAGAGACUUCCGUUAGUUCUAAGGGCGCCGCGUCGCUUACGUGCGACUAUGUUCUCACCAAUAUAUUGGAUAUGUCCGCCAUCGAGAGCAUGGCAGUACUGUGUACCUCCUGCAAGGCCAAAGAGAGCGCUGUGGCGCGUUGCUCGGAUUGCGCCAAUUUCCUGUGCCCAAAUUGCAACACGGCGCAUCAAUUCAUGCGCUGCUUCGAGCAUCACAAAGUAGUUGCCUUUGAAGAUUUGAAGCAAUCCAACGAAGCUAUCCCAAUACACAAGCCGAUCUUUUGCGAAUGUCAUCCUGCUGAGAAUAUGAAGUUCUACUGUCAUACGUGCCAGGAACCUAUUUGCAAUGAGUGUUUGCUUGUGGAACACAAAGCACCAGAACAUCAAUACGAACGACUGACAGAUGCAGAACCACGACAGAAGGAAGAAAUAAUUAACCUGAUGACUGAAAGUAAAGCAAAAAUUGCUGAAUGCGAUCAGGUUACAAUACAACUAGAAAAUGCACUUAGUGAGCUGCAAGUACAACAUGAUCAAGCAAAAGAUUUAAUCACGGAGACUUUUCAAAGUUACAAGGCCAUUUUAGAGAAAUGUAAAGAUAAUGCGUUAACUGAGCUCGAGAAAUUGCAUUCAAAUAGAGAACUGGAAAUUAUGGACGCUUUUCAUAGUGUUGAAAAGACUGCAGAAAAAAUAGAAGACGCUUGUCGUUUCACCUCGAGAUUACUAGAACAUGGCGAUGCAGUGGAAAUCUUGGCACUUCGGCGUAUUGUAGGAGCGCAAUUGAUGAAUUUAAUAAAAAACACACCAAAACACAAUGUAACAUUCUCUAUCGAAUUUCAAACCGACUAUAAUCAGUUUGAGAAAACUAUGAAGGAAGUAUUUGGCAAAUUUAAUACUGAAAGUACGCUGGAGGUGAAAACUCAUCUUGAACCAAUCUCAACAGUAUCGGGUGUCUCUACAAAUCAGCAAAUAGUUCAUACCACCUCAAUGGGUUGUCCAAGUUCCAUCAGCACAAGCUCUCCCAUUUCACUUCCCACAUCUAUGCAAUCCUCCUUCGAAGGUGAACCUUCAUUCAUUAUUCCACCGAACUCGAGUCCUCAAAAUAUCCCGCCUCCACCACCGCCCGUACCUCUUCCACCAGGGUCGGUUCCUAUCCACGGAUUGACUAGCAUUCAAGAGUACAAUCUACAACAGCUGGCCAGUUUAGCGGAGAAGGUAGAGAUGGUGGGCGACACCGGUGUAGUUGGACCUAGCUCGAAUCCUAGUCCAACUCCGUCCUUCACUUUGGCAGAUUUAUUUGCUGGAGACCUAAAUUCUACGAGCCAUGCCAUUACUAAUUUGCAAGCUCUUGCAAAAUUAGGGAAUACUCUUGGUAAUCAAGAUCUUGGAAAUACUACUAUUAACGGUAGUGGUGGCUUGGUAUUGGGACGUGGACCUUCGCCAGCCAUUGUGGACGCCCCAAAUCUGGGUUCUUUGGCUGCCAAUAGUCUAUUAAAUGGAGGAUUUCAAUCAUUGUCCUCUUCUACUUCGCCGAUACUUUCACAGGGUGCUGAUGACUUAAUAGGUGAUUCUAUGCAUAAUAUGCCUGUAGUAGUAGGAAAUACUGUUGCCAAUCACGUAACCGGAUCAGGAACAGGGAAUUAUCCUGCUCAUUCAAGAACCCAGAAUACAAAAUUAACGCCUAUGCAUAUCCGAAGCAAGUUUGGACAAUUAGGACCCAGUAAAGGGCAAUUUAAUUCGCCUCAUGGAUUCUGUCUGGGGACUGAUGAGGAUAUUAUCGUCGCAGACACAAAUAAUCAUAGAAUUCAGAUUUUUGAUAAGACUGGUACCUUCAAAUUUCAAUUCGGUGUUCCUGGUAAAGAAGAAGGGCAAUUAUGGUAUCCUAGGAAAGUAGCCGUUAUGAGAAAUAACGGCAAAUUUGUUGUAUGCGAUCGUGGAAAUGAACGAUCCCGAAUGCAAAUAUUUACGAAGAAUGGCCACUUUAUAAAGAAGAUCGCUAUUCGUUACAUCGAUAUCGUAGCUGGCCUAGCUGUUACCAGCCAAGGUCAUAUUGUGGCUGUUGACAGUGUGUCGCCAACUGUGUUCGUAAUCAGUGAUACAGGAGACCUUUUGAGGUGGUUUGAUUGUAGUGACUAUAUGAGAGAACCGAGUGAUAUCGCUAUCAGUGGCAAAGAAUAUUUUGUUUGCGACUUCAAAGGACAUUGUGUUGUGGUGUUCAAUGAAGAGGGUAAAUUCCUGCGUCGCAUUGGCUGUGAGAAUGUAACAAACUUCCCGAACGGGAUUGAUAUUAGCGAUGCAGGAGAUGUAUUAAUUGGAGAUUCACAUGGUAAUCGUUUCCAUGUAGCUGUCUUCUCCAGAGCCGGCUCUUUAAUAUCAGAGUUUGAAUGUCCAUAUGUAAAGGUGUCUCGAUGUUGUGGCUUGAAAAUAACCUCGGAAGGAUAUAUUGUAACACUGGCCAAAAACAACCACCAUGUCCUUGUAUUAAACACUCUUUAUAUAUUGUGAAGUGGCAUCAGACGAGUAAGUAUGUUAUAACUUCCUCCUGCAAGUGGAAACUUCUUUGGAAAACUGCUCUCAACGAAAGAUGGAAAAGGCAUGCCCAAGGCAUUACGUUUGAAUAUUGGGCCUAUCGAAGCAAUAGAAACAAAUGCAGCAUGCAGCUUUAAUAGUUGUAAAAAUAUAAUGCGUCCCCGUUUUAUGAAAGUAACAAAUGUUGAAAACAAAAAAAAAUGCAGAAAGGUAAUGUACGUCUCCGACCAAACAGUAUAAUAGUAACUUAGCAAUUUGCAUUUUGGUAAACUGCCAAAGUAAAUUAAAUUAACUAAGUGGAACCAGUUAUAAAGAGAGAGAAGCAGUAAGCUAUAUCAACCAGUAAGCAACCAACCAAGCCAGUUGGAUCGCUUGUAGUAGAGAAAGCAAUUUAUAAUGGCCUUCCGUCAAAAUUGGUUGUUGUACAUCAUUUUUGACAUGUCAGUAUUUUAAGUAUGUUUAUAAAUCAAAUUAUUCUAGUCUCCGACGAGCACUUUCUAUACACUGGUUUCGAUUUGUGCUCGGAACAAGACGUUCUCGUCCUGAUUUUUUAUUAAUCAAGGAUGUUUGUCUUCUUAGUCCUAACUGAUGCUUCAAGAUGCAUAUAAGUGCACAGAUUACGUUUAAAAAGUUUUCCUUUAAGAGAGCUUCUAAGUAACUAGUUAAACUCGGCAAGGAUAAAUUUCACGACGAGAGGAUCAAAAAUUUUCGCUUAAACUGAAAAAAAAAGAUAAAAAAAAAGAACGUUGCAUGCUGCGAGGUAGUUGGUAGUACUUCCUGCUCUUAUCAUAUCGUAUUUCUAAAGAAGAGAAUGAAACAAUACUCCUCAUUGCAGCAGGCACGAAGCUUAACAAGAGCUAUGUUCCUGAUUUUCUUUCUGCGCGUUUGAAAAUGAUAGUUGAGAACAUAAUAUAAAAACAACGUUAAUGUGCAAGGAAUAGAUUAUGGUAUGUUGAAAAUCAAACAUUUAAUAUCUUAUAUAAAAAGUGUCGUACAGAAAAAGAUACUUUGAGCGUAAAAAAAAAGGUGAAAUAAUUAUUUACACUUACGAGACAAACGAGUAGAUCCCAUUUGUGCAUUGUUAAAAUUAGACGAGACACAUAAUGGUUACAAUAUUUACUCAGGAUGCUUUAUUAUGGUCCACCAUAUGAAUAUGAUAUAUAUGCGUGUGUGAAUUAUUGGUUCGUGGUGCUAGUGAAUAAUGUAUCCAUACCAUGUAAAUGUAUUUGUUAUAAAAUUACAGAAAUCGUUCCCGCGCAUUUUUUACAAUGCAGGGGAGCGAUUUCGUGUAAUAUAUUAUAUAAGAUUCGUAAGUACAUAAUAUAUACCACCGGUAUAUCAUAUAGGGACGAUACUUUAUCUAUGUAUAAAAAAAAGGGAAAAUAACGUACAGUUUGCUAAACAACCUCUAUUUAUGUAUAUAUUAACAUGAUACAUGAAAAAGAUGAAAACCACAUAAGACACAUACAUAUAUAGAAAUACACAUAUUUUUUAGGGUUGUUUACAUGAUCAGCCUUAAGAUUUGAUUGAACUAAAAUGCAAUGUGUAUACAACAUAUACAUCGGAUAUUUGGCAGAUUGCUACACUGUGUUACCUUACAUUAUCUACAAUAACGUUUAAUUAACAAAUACUAUCUUGCCAUACCAAAUGCUAGGUAGCACAUCCAUAUAUACAUAUAUAAUAUAUAUAAAUAUAAAUAUAUAUAUAUGUAUAUGUAUAUAUAUAUUUAUACUUGACUAGCUUUAUCAAAUUCGUUUGCAUACAAGAAAUUAUAUCGAUAAUGUCUGGUUUCAUUACUCGUGUGAAAGCAAGUGAAAAACAAAAAUUUAGACGAACGAGAAACACAAAAAAAAAGGACAGUACUAGGAGGCUAUUUUAAAGUUCGCGCGUAACAUCGGCAUUUGUAGUAAAUUGCACGAAGCCUACAUACAUACACCUAAGCUAAUCAGUCGUACUCAUCUCUCGUAUAAUGUUAGAAGUUUUAAUUUUAUAUAUAAAAAGGAAAAAAAGAAAAGAAAAACUAAUUCUGAAAUAUUUAAUAGUCAUGGUUAGCAGAGUUAUAUAAAUAAUGCCUGUGAUAAUAGUAUCGUCAGGAUAAGUUGUGUCCUUAAAGAGUCUCUGAUGUUGUUGCUAGGUAAAUAUUGAUUAGAAGUGUAUCAAUGUGAGAUACCGCGUUGGUGCCGCGCCUGCAAGGUGUUUUUACAAGCACAAUAACGCCUGGUGCAGAGCGGGCCAUCAAUCGUCUCUGAUGAUACGCGUUAAAUAUAUUUAAAAAAAAAAAGAAGAUAUUCAAAAUAAAGAGAGAACAUGUUGCAAAAUUUUUGCCAGUCAUAUUAAAAGAAAAAAAACUCAUAGUGUAACGAAUGAAUGACCAUUAACGAGAGGGUCUUUUACCUCACAAAAUUAUUAUAUUACGCUCACCUUAUAUAUACUUGAAUAUUUUAGUAUAGAUUUACUCUUUACAUAUUUUUAUCUCUGUGGAAGACUACUUGGCUAAUUUAGGCCACUGUUGAAAUUCACCCCUUAUUUGCCUUGAUGUUUAAAUUACAACAAUAAUAUAUAAAAAAAAGAACGAGAAUUACUUGUUACGUAAAUGGUAAUUGUGAUAGAUUUUUUGAUGAUUUUUACAAUCUCAAAAGUCUUAUUAUCCUAAUAUGUAUAGAAUUAUAUAGUCACUCUGUACGUAAUAGAUAAAAACUUUGCUUACAUUGUUAAACUAAUAUUAAAAAGCUCUCAUAACUAUCCACACUAAACAGUUUUACAACUGACAGUGUAAAUCGAAGAUCGUAUUUCGAGCAUGGGAUAGGUUCUGUGUGUAUUACUUUUAGCAGUACUAUUUUUAUUGCUAUACAACUUCCAAGGCCUUUUUGGGUGCCACAGGUUCUCCGACAUAAUUUCGAACAGAAUUAUUUGAAUUUACAUACAUAUUAUUACGGUCGAAUCUUCGAUUUUGCGUUUGCCGUGAAGUUAAAAAUUACGAUUUUCCAUUUCCUUCUGAUAAUUGUAGAGUUGUCACCUGAUUUUAUUUUAUAAAAUCGGAGUUAUCGCGUGAUUAUCUUUUCGUUUUCCGGUGCAAAAUUGCUCUCGAAACCGUUUUUUUUCUUUUCCACAAGCUUUACAAUACUUGGCAACACGAGGAAGACAAUUGGGAAGCGCCUCGGACCGUUCCGUUUCUAAUUUCGCGUGAAUUUUAAGAGACAUAAUAUUUGUCAAUCGUAAAAUAUGUCGUGUAUCCGAUGAGGAGUCGUUGCUAUAUAUCACACACACGAAUAUGUUCCUGAUUUUCAAAAGAGGAAGAAGAAAAAAAAAAGAAAAGAGUCGCAUAUAUUAUACAAUAAGAAUUUACUGCGAAUGUUCACGAGCAUUAACGAGACAGCUACAAUUAUAUAAAUAAUAGGACUAACAUGACACACGACAUAAACUGAAUUCUAGCCUACGGUUAAUCAUAGUCUUCCUAGAAUCCUAAAGAAAAAAAAAAGAGUAUGACUUUGCUAUAUUGAUUAGGGCAUGGCCAAUUAACAUUAUAUAGCUGGGUUACGAAUGGAGAAAAAAAAAAGCGUUAAACGAAAAGAUUUAUCUUGCGAAUUGCGCUUUUGUAAUUCAACAGCUCCACAUCAUUUUACUGGACAUGGCUUAUACACUGAAGGAUCCGUGAAUUAAUUCUUACUUUCUCAUGCCUUCAGCAUAAUUUGAACUUAUACAAGAGAGGAAGAGAGAGAGGGUAACAAUCUAUAUAUGAUCAAAAAGGAAAGGGGAAAGAAAAAGCCGUAAGCUCAUUAUGUGUAAGCGUUCCGCGUUAUUUUUGUAACAAUAUUUUUAUUCCUUACUCGCUCGUAUACAUCGUCUUAUAUAUACAUAUAUAUAAUUUUUACCUUUACGCAAGCAUUAUGUGUUCGAUUGGCUGUUUCCGACGCUAUUAUAGCGUACUUAUUUGGAUAACAUUAGAUCAUUUUUUUCCGCGGCUAGAGAUAUGGCCGGGGAAUACGUGGUACGAGCUUGCUAUACAUAUUUUGAUCUUUAUUACGUUUUUUUUUUAUUCGAGCAAUCCGCGAAAACGGAAUUGCUCUCAAACGUAUUUAUAUUAUUA